AUGACUCUUGAAAUGGGAUGUUAUUUUGCUUGCAUAGCAGCGAUUUUGAGACAAAUUUUCUGCCUCGCAUAUAAUAAAAAUUAUGGAAUUAUAAAUAACGAGAUACUUUACGUUACUGUACUUAUAGUCUGGCUUUUUAUAUAUAUCUUCAGACUCCUUCUCAUUAAUUAUGUAUGUGAAAGAGUUAGCACCAAGGCAAAUGCAACAGGAAAUUUUAUAAAUAAAUUAUCGUAUCUUACUUACGAUACUGAAAUUUACGAAAACAUUUUACAGUUUUCGCUACAAAUAGUUCAAUCGCCACUUAGAUUCUAUGGACUUGGACUUUUCCAGUUUGGUUUUAAAUUCCUUUAUGGGUUCUUCGCUUCUAUUUCGACCCUAUUAGUAAUAUAUACACAAACAUAUAUAAGCAAUAAAUAUUUAGAAAAUAAUAACUAA